AUGGCUGAGUCAUCACCCCCAGUAAGAACUGGUUGUGACGGGAGAGGGCUGUAUGUGUUGGGAUGUAUUGAUGAAAGUGGUCAGAAGAAAGAUACCAGCAGGGCACAUUCUAUCUUUUGGUUCUGCAGGCGUGCCCCUGUAUAUGUUCCCCACUGGCAGCCCCUCCUCCAUCUUCUCACAAAAUCCACCACAUCCAUUAUGCAAUCCAUGCUCAUCCGAUGCCGCUACCACAAAGUCAAUCACCCAACAGUCAAGCUCCUUGUCAUCGUGUCACAAGUUCAAGAGUCUGAGAUGGGUGACUCUACCAACAUGAUCAUCAUUCUCGCAACUUGA